GAAGAAUCUUAAAUCGUUUCUCUAAAGAUAUUGGCCACCUGGAUGACUUGCUUCCAUUGACAUUUUUGGACUUUGUGCAGACUCUCCUACAGAUUUUUGGUGUGGUGGCUGUGGCUGUGGCAGUGAUUCCUUGGAUACUCAUCCCCUUAAUUCCACUAUUUAUUCUUUUCAUUUUUCUUCGACGAUAUUUCUUAGACACUUCAAGAGAUAUUAAACGUCUAGAAUCCACAACUAGAAGUCCAGUGUUCUCCCACUUGUCGUCAUCCCUCCAGGGACUUUGGACUAUUCGGGCUUUGAAAGCAGAGGAAAGAUUUCAAAAAUUAUUUGAUGCACACCAAGACCUCCACUCAGAGGCCUGGUUUCUAUUUUUGACGACCUCAAGGUGGUUUGCUGUACGUCUGGAUGCCAUCUGUGCCAUUUUUGUUGUAGUGGUUGCUUUUGGUUCCCUGGUUCUCACCAAAGCUUUGAACGCAGGGCAGGUUGGUUUGGCACUAUCCUAUGCAAUCACCCUCAUGGGAACAUUCCAGUGGGGUGUUAGACAAAGUGCUGAAGUUGAAAACCUGAUGAUAUCAGCAGAAAGAGUAAUGGAAUACACAGAACUUGAAAAAGAAGCUCCUUGGGAAACCAACAAGCAUCCUCCACCUGAAUGGCCAAGCCAAGGAAUGAUAGCAUUUGAAAAUGUUAACUUCACUUACAGUCUGGAUGGACCUUUGGUGUUAAGACAUCUGUCUGUUCUAAUUAAACCAAAAGAAAAGGUUGGAAUAGUGGGAAGAACUGGAGCUGGGAAAAGCUCCCUGAUAGCAGCCCUCUUUCGCUUGGCGGAACCUGAAGGAAGGAUUUGGAUUGAUAAGUACUUGACAUCAGAGCUAGGACUCCAUGACUUGCGGAAGAAAAUUUCAAUUAUACCUCAGGAGCCUGUUUUAUUCACUGGAACUAUGAGGAAAAACUUAGAUCCUUUCAACGAAUACACCGAUGAAGAGCUGUGGAGUGCCUUGGAAGAGGUACAACUGAAAGAGGUUGUGGAAGAUCUACCUAAUAAAAUGGAGACACAGCUGGCAGAAUCUGGGUCUAAUUUUAGUGUUGGUCAGAGACAGCUGGUGUGUCUUGCCAGAGCAGUUCUAAAAAAAAAUCGGAUCCUUAUCAUCGAUGAAGCAACAGCAAAUGUGGACCCAAGAACAGAUGAGUUCAUUCAGAAGACGAUCCGUGGAAAGUUUGCUCACUGCACAGUGCUGACCAUUGCACACCGCUUGAACACCAUUAUUGACAGUGAUAGGAUUAUGGUUUUAGAUGCAGGAAGACUGAAAGAAUAUGGCGAACCUUACAUUUUGCUGCAAGAACAAGAUGGCUUGUUUUACAAAAUGGUGCAACAAGUGGGCAAGACUGAAGCGGCUUCUCUGAUUGAAACAGCAAAACGGGUGUACUUCAGCAAGAAUUACCCUGAAGUUGUUCAGAACGGUCAGCUUGCCACGGACUCCUCCUUGGAUCCUUCCUCAGGAUUAUGCAUAAACGAAACUGCACUGUGAUUCCUGAUACCCGAAACUGUUUUCCAUAGAAUGUAAACCUUAGAUCAUCUAAACUCAGUGACAGUGUUUGCAAGUGUCAGCGGGAGAGGAAAGGGAGGGGGGGCGAUUCUUUGCACUGGACAUCCUUCGUAUUUAAUACUGAGAAGAACAUUUUUACUUUCCCUCUUUAAUUUCAGUGCAAUAUGUUUUCCUUUCCAACUAAUUCUGCUUGUAUUGCUAAGGAAAUUAGGCAGACUGGGUUUUUAUUUGAAAGUUAUGUGGUAGAGAUCUCUUUUAUUUAAACAGGUGCAGGACACCUGACAAGUCUAGGGUGUGUAUUUGGAGCUUACUAAAAAAUUGGAAUGUGUCCUUUUUCGGAAAUAUUUUGAGAGCAAACAAAACUAAAUAUUUUCAGUGUCACUUUAGCAUGACAGCUAUGUCUAAACAGCAGAUUUGGUAAUGUACAACUUAGUUGUCUAGUGCAGCUGUCUUUCUUCCUGUCAUAAGUAGCUAUGUAGGUUGGUAGAAAAAGGAUUGAACAAGCCAAAAAUACUUUUUCCUUUUGAUAGCAAAAAUUACUUUAUACUUAUUUUUUGAUAAAUGAUUCAAAUAAUACUGUUCAAGAUGAAUGUAAAUAUUAAGUUUUAUUUUGCUAAAAUCCAAAUGCUGAAAAAUCAAAUCUCAAUCUUCCGUACUUUAGAAGAAAAUCACCACAUUUGCACUGAAAGGAUAUUUAAAUAAUUUAACAUAUAUUCCUCUUUUUAUCCAGGUUAUCAAAGAAAAAAA